AAGAUAGUUUCGGGUAUACAUUUUUGGUGUUUAAGGGUUUGCAUAAGUCAUAGGGGUAGCAAAUCAGCAAAUUGGAUAGACUGUUUUGUUUGAACAAAUUUAAUUUAUUUGUGCGAGUAUUGUUUAAUUCCGUUGAAUAUGAUAGAUAAUCGACUCGAAUGAAUAGCAAUGGAGUCGCUCAUUGUCGGUAUAAAAAUCGAAUCCGCUAUAGAAGACAUAACUUAAACGGUUUUGAAAAUAAACAUGACGUGCGGAAAAAUUAUUAAUUAAAAUGCGGUUAAGGAACACAUCCGUUCACGAAAACGCCAUCCCCAAUGAGCUUUUCGUGUAAAACAAGGUCCUUUAUUUAAUUCCAACGGAGUAAGUGCUUCACGCACGCAUACGCUAGGAAAGGCGCCGGCGCUUGCCGCCAGUGGCGUACUGACUUCUUUGACUUCCGAAAAAUCCCAUCACGACAAGUUUCUCGGCGAUAUUAACGUUAAGGACGUUUAAAUUCACGGAUUUUCGAGUUCAAAUGGAAGGGAAACUUUAAAAACAGGCCCUCCGGCGUGCAAAUACCGCGGUAAAGUCACCGGUCGCCGCGACGCCCGCCUCAAAGAGACGGGAGCGUGUACGAGCGCAUCGGACGGCGGUUUAGUGCGUCGCGACGCGUCCUGCUGUAACCGAACUGCGGUCGCAGCCCCCUUUUAUCACUUACGUCGCCAAGUGCGAGAUAGAAAAUCAAACAGGGAGUAAGAGGAAACCCGUCUCGAUCCGCCCCGCAAGCUCGCCAAGAGAUUCAAGGACGUGCCUAAAAAUUGAUUUUAAUUUUUAAACACAACAGGAAGGAGGCUCGUCUCUUAUCUGGACGUCAUGUCGUGGGACUGAAUUUUGUCACCCAACGGGGCAGUCAGGCGAAACGAAUGCGACGCUACAGAACUAGAAAGCUCAUCGUUGUUAUUGCCAAGCUCCCAUGGCGACUAUUCCCAUAGGCUGUCCCACUCGAGGCAACUGCCCGUCCCCCACUUCGACUCCGGAAGAGCUGGAACGCCGGGCGAUCAUCCAGAGGAAUGACCUUUUGCUCCACGAAGCGGUCAUCAAAAACGACACCGAAGGUGUCAGGAGGAUACUCAACGACCCCUGCGAUGUCAAUUCUCGAAACAACUACGGACGAGCGCCUAUUCACUGGGCUUCGGCUCGGGGCAACCUGGAUAUCAUGGAGAUGCUGGUCGGCGCCCAUUGCGACAUCGAAGCUAGAGACAAGUACGGAAUGCGUCCGAUCCAUAUGGCAACGUGGCAUGGUCAUCCCGCAGCCGUCCAAACGCUAAUAAACCUGGGGGCUUGCACUAACGCUACGACAAAGACCCAGUACACGCUGCUCAUCUGCGCCGCCAGAAAUAACCGCUGCGACGUGGUGGACUACCUCUUAGAAACGCUAGAGGACGUCCACCUAGACGCCGUCGACGCUGAAGGUCAAACGGCCAUCUUCCACGCCGCUUCCAACGGGCACGGUGCGAUAGUCAGACGUCUGGUGGAGGUGGGCGCCGCCACAGACAAAAAAAAUAAGGAUUCGAGGACCGCACUGCACGAAGCGUGUCAGAACGGGCACUGGGAAGUGGCCCAAUAUUUGUUAGCGCACGAAGCCGACAUGGAAGCGCGAGACAACCAGGAAAACACGCCACUUCACGUGGCCGCCCAGCACCAACAGACGCGAUUGGUGCAGGUGUUGUUGGACGCCGGGGCCGAUCCAGAUAUUGAAAAUCAGAAGGGCUCGACGGCCCUGCACAUAGCCGCUAGCCUCGGCUGCAGAGGCAUCGUGCAAUUGCUCCUCCAGCACGGAGCUUCUUUAACCAAACAGAACCAGUGUGGAAACACCCCUCUCCACAUGGCGUGCCAAGCCAACGAGGUGGAAACCGUCGAGAUCCUGAUAAACAAAGGCUCGGACCCCAACUGCCUAAACAAGAGGCUGCAGUCGCCUAUCCACAUCGCUGCAGAAAUGGGCUACACCGACAUCUGCAAGCUGCUGCUCAGCGCUGGUGCUGACAUAGAGCAACGAGAGCAAGGAGGUCGCACUCCUCUCUAUAUAGCGGCCAGAGGUAGCUUCACCGCCAUCGUGGACAUGAUCAUCAAAACUGCCCGGCUGGACUACCCCAGCAAGGAAGUCCAAGCGGAUACCAAGAAGGAAGUCGGACUGAAACCCAAACUGAGCAGAAAGUGGAGGUCCACUUCCAAGGACGAAAAGUGUCUAAGGGAGAACGAGAGACUGAAGGAGAUACUCUACAAACUGGCCUACAAGCACCUGAGUCACGGCGAAUGGAAGAGACUAGCAACGUACUGGGCUUUUACGGAAGAUCAGAUCAAAGCUAUCGAGCAUCAGUACAAUGGUCCCCAAAGUUACAAGGAGCACGGCUUCAGGAUGCUGCUAAUCUGGGCUCACGGUCUAGCUCCGGACGUUAAUCCAUUCAAGGAGCUAUACGAGAGUCUGGUAGCUAUCGGAAAAAGACCUUUAGCCGGUAAGGUACCUCUUGCUGCCACGUGGAUGGUAACUUUUAGCUUUUUUAGACACCCUGAGGAGGAAAAUCGACCAGGAGAACGAAACGAGGAGGAAAGGGCGCAAGGAUAAGUGCAACAGGUGCACCAUCAGUUAGAGGUGCUUUUUUGUAAUUUAGAGUUUUGCAACGAAUUCCGGCUUAUCGGCGUUUACCCUCCCUUUUGUUGUUUAGACGUGUAAUAUCGAUACAUAUCCCUGGUAGACCAAACUACUAACGUCUUCGUAUCCUUGCCGAAAACUUCAAGGUCCAAUUAUUGUAAUUCGAUGGAAUUGCGAAAUGUUUGUAUUAAUAUGUUAGUAUUCGUUUAUUUUCUAUACCGCUAGCGCUGUUGCAAAUUGGAGCCAAUUACGUUUUUAGUGUGUACGGUUCCCUUUUAGGGGUACGGAGUUGAAUACAUCAUACGAUAUAUUUUCUAUUCUAUUUUCCUAAUCGAUGUACGCAGAAAUAAAUAACCU